AUGGCGUCGAACAACAACUCAUCGGCGGCGGCGCCCGCGCCCGCGACCUCGGAGGACCAGUACUUCAACACUAACCCGCCCCCCAAGGACCUCGACAGGCAUGUGGCUCUCGCCCGCGACUUUAUAAACUUCCACGCCGCAGUUGGCCGCCCGCUGGUGCUUGUGACGUCGGGCGGAACCACAGUCCCGCUGGAGAAGCAGACGGUGCGCUUCAUUGACAACUUCUCGGCCGGCACACGCGGAGCAACGAGCGCCGAAUACUUCCUCGAAGCCGGAUACGCCGUUCUGUUUCUGCAUCGCCAGUUCUCUCUCUUGCCCUUCUCUCGCCACUACAGCCAUGCGACGGACUGCUUCCUCGAUUUCCUAAGGGAAGGUCCCGACGGCAGCGUUGUCGCCCGCGACGAGGACGCCGGCAAGAUGCUGCACGUGCUCCGCCAGUACCGCGACGCCCGUGACCGCAACUUGCUGCUCGUGCUGCCCUUCGUCAGCAUAUCCGACUACCUCCACGAGCUGCGGAGCAUCACGCGGCUGCUGCGUCCGCUCGGCCCGCAGGCACUGCUGUACCUGGCUGCUGCUGUAAGCGACUUUUUCGUGCCGCCUGAGCGCAUGUCGGAGCACAAGAUCCAGAGCACAAACGCCGUCGACUCGGUCCAGAAAGGGAGCAAGACGGCACCCACGACGACGGACGAGGAGAUAUUUGACAACUUCGACUCGUCGCCUGCCGUGCCCCGCAGCAAGCGCCUCGUGGUCGACCUCGAUCCCGUCCCCAAGUUCCUCAAGAACCUCGUCGAGGGCUGGUCGCCCCAGGGCAUGAUCGUCUCGUUCAAGCUUGAGACGGACCCGGCCAUCCUGGUGCACAAGGCCCGCUACUCGCUGGAGCGGUACCAGCACCACCUCGUCAUUGGCAAUCUGCUAUCCACACGCAAGUGGGAAGUUGUGUUUGUCGCUCCCGGUCUCCCAGACCGCUGGAUCCGUAUCCCCAUCCACAAGCAGCAACACGAGAGCAAAGCCGCGGCCGUCGAAAAGGACGAGCCGCUCGACCCAAAGAGCCUGCCCGAGGGCGAGCCUGAGCUCGAGAUUGAGAGCCUCAUCAUCCCCGCCGUCAAGGAGCUGCAUACUAGGUACAUCAAGGCGUACAACGAGGGCAAGGCCCGCGGUUGA